CAGAAAUUCAGCAGCUGAUAGCAGGAGGUGUUAGUUUGGUCUGUGUGUGAAUAUGAAAGCUGAAGCCCCCAACAGAUUUUCAGCUUGGAGAAGAGGUCUAUCUCUGCCUAUUCCACAUUUUAUUCAACAUUCAGUUCAUCAGACGCUGAGGAUGGUGAAGUAAAGGAGAAAUCAUGAGAGCUGUGUCUAUGUGCAGGAUGCAGGAUAAAAGACUAGGGCUGUUCUCUUAAGGGAUUACAGUCUGCACUGUAUCACAAGCGAGAGGCAUUGAGAGACUCAUCCCUUCACAGCAAGGACUAAAAGGCAGGUGCGAUAGAUCACUCACUGGCUCUUUCAAACACAGCAGUCUCCUGUCUAUGACGUGCUAUGGAAAUAAGGAGGAUAACCGCAAAUGAUGUGCCCAGUAACCUGACAAAGAACCUGAAAUAAACUGCUCUGUAAAGGUAUGCUGAGGAUAUGAACGCAUUGAAAUUAUGCAGAGUAAAACGAUCAGCCUGGUCACUUGACUCACACGCAGCCCCGCUAUUGCAUCAAGGUGCCUCAAAUGCUACAGAGAGAAAUCAGUGGCCAGUCCCAAAGAGGGACUGUCCCUCCUAAAAAGGGACAUUUGGGAGAAUGCUUGACGAGAAAAUGAGGUGGACUUUGCAAAAACGUCUGUUCUUCUGGGUCACAAAUCGGUUAUCAUCAAGUCGCAUCUCAGAGCAAAACCAGAAGACUUCUGCAAUAAAACAAAGAACAUUAUGGAAUAUCAUAGCAUUGUUCAGGUCUGGAGGAGUGAGCUAUAUUCUGCAUCUCUGAUCAUACACCUUCAUUUAUAUGUAACACUGAAGCACAACAAGAAGAACCUACCUUCAAAUAAUGAGCACUUUUAGUGGCACUGGCAUGUUAAUCAGUCUAACUACAGUAUCCGUUACUCUAGACAUCAGUAUACACAAUGGACUGAUGGCCUGGCACAGGAACAGUACUGUGACUCUAAAUCAGAGCAUGCCAACUUCUCCACCUGUCAACGGAUCUGAUCAGAAUUACACUCACCUGUCAUUUGCAGACAAAAAUUGGUCUGCCCUGCUUACUCUGCUUAUUAUAAUUCUGACAAUAGGUGGGAACAUUCUUGUCAUUAUGGCUGUGUCUCUGGAGAAGAAGCUUCAAAAUGCCACCAAUUUCUUCCUGAUGUCCCUAGCCGUUGCCGAUAUGCUGGUUGGGAUUUUAGUAAUGCCAGUUUCCCUUGUUACUAUUCUUUAUGAUUACGCUUGGCCUUUGCCACAGAAACUAUGUCCUAUAUGGAUUUCAUUGGAUGUACUGUUUUCUACUGCAUCUAUUAUGCAUCUUUGUGCAAUCUCUCUCGAUCGGUAUGUAGCAAUACGAAACCCCAUAGAGCACAGCCGCUUCAACUCCCGCACGAAAGCUAUGAUGAAAAUUGCUGCUGUUUGGACUAUAUCAAUGGGUAUUUCAAUGCCUAUUCCUGUGAUCGGCCUCCAAGAUGAUUCCAGAGUAUUUGUAAAUGGAAGUUGCGUAUUAAACGAUGAUAAUUUUGUACUACUUGGAUCUUUUGUGGCGUUUUUUAUCCCGCUCAUUAUUAUGGUGUUUACUUACUGCCUGACUAUCCAGGUGCUCCAGAAGCAAGCCACCGUAUUCAUGUACGAAGAAGUGCCAAAGCAAAGGCGAAGUAGCGCUAGCGGCCUCAAGAAGGACAGCAACACUGAAAAUAUUUCAAUGAUCCAGAAUCACGAGGCAUCCUCCCACCUAAACUCCCCUAUCAAUAAAGAGGCGGCUCUGUUCCGUAAAGGGACCAUGCAGUCUAUAAACAAUGAGCGUAGAGCCUCAAAAGUCCUUGGGAUUGUCUUCUUCUUGUUUCUCAUUAUGUGGUGUCCUUUCUUCAUCACAAACAUUAUGGCUGUAUUAUGUAAAGAGACAUGUGACAAAGACCUUAUGGUAGAACUUUUGAAUGUGUUUGUCUGGGUCGGAUAUGUUUCUUCAGGGAUCAACCCUUUGGUCUAUACACUUUUUAACAGAACAUAUCGCAGAGCCUUUUCCAAUUACAUCCGCUGUCAGUAUAACAACAGCAGAAAAACGAUCUUGCAACAGAAUCAGUGCCAUCAUAAUGCUGCACCAACAGCAAUGUACGGAAAGGACCUUAAUCUGAACAGCUUCCGAAACGGCAAUGAACUAACCAGCAUGGAUAUGGACGAGACAGAAGAAGCAAUUGAAAUGCAGCCGGGGACUUCAGAAUUAUCAAUAAACAGUUCUAAUGUUGAAAGAGUGAGCAGUGUUUAAAAAAAAAGGCCAAAUGGGCCUUUUGAAACCCUAGGCCGAGUACGAAAUAAAUAAGUUAUGUCAAAAAAUAAUGUAAAUAUUUAUCAGAACAAAGACAUUUUAUAUGACAUCUCAGCAGUCCAUUGCUUAAAAUAAUAUUGUUAAGAAAAUAUUUCUUGUUGUAAUAGACAAAGUAGAGAUUAUUUUGGUAACAAAAUGGACGGAAUGUUUAGCUUUCUCUUCAAAUGCAUGACGUGCUGCUCUGAUUACAUCAUCGGGUGAUGUUUGAAAGACACCGAAAUGUUGCAACUAUUCAUAAAUUAUAUUGGUACAUUAAAGCAUAUGAAAUGAA